AUUUUAGAGAUUUGUUGAGCUCACUUCUCCAGUUGUUUAUGGGAGACAAAAGUAGGCCAUGAUGUUUCUGUAUAAGGCUGGGAAGACACACCCAUGUGAUAGGUCAUGAGCUAAAUGCCUCUUCACCAUUGAAUCUCAUCUUCCUUCCUUAUCUCCAAUCUCUACCUUUGAUUGACCUAAGCUCUCAUCUAUAUAAAGGUUAUGCCAUUUGGGUUCACAGCCAACAAGAGUCUCUUCAUAUUCCAAUUCCCAAAAGAAAUUUCCAAGUUAUUUUUGAAGCAUAUUUGAAACAUGGGUUUCCGUCUGCCUAGAAUUGUUAGUACUAAGCAAAGUCUUCAGCGAUCUUCAUCGACAGGGAACGGAGCAUCUCCAAAGGCUGUCGAUGUUCCUAAGGGCUACUUUACAGUUUAUGUUGGUGAAGCACAAAAGAAGCGUUUUGUCAUUCCACUAUCUUACUUGAACCAGCCUUCUUUCCAAGAUUUGUUGAGUCAAGCAGAGGAAGAAUUUGGAUAUAAUCAUCCAAUGGGUGGCAUUACAAUUCCUUGCAGUGAAUACGAUUUCCUCGAUCUCACUCGGAAUUUGAAUGACUCAUGAACCAGAGAGAUUAGUAUCUAGAAUUAGAUUGUAGAGACAAAUGAUUAAACUGUAUAUACUUUUUGAAAUGAGAGAACUUGAUUCUUUGAAUUGAAAUUGUUCUACAUUGUUCAUA